AUGGUUAUCUCUGGUCUUGAAAUUUUGAAAUCUGAAGAGUUCUCUAGAAAAUCUGAACUUUGGAAGUCUCCCCAUUCCUUAAUACCUCAUCCACCCUGCCUUUUUCGACACAGUUAUCAACAGUGUAUUUCCAGCAUUUUGUUUAUGUUCUUUUUUUUUUUCUUAUGUGAAUGUAUAGUGGCAUUAAAUGCCAGUGUGAUUUGUAGAAUGUGUUUCUCUCUUGGCAGCGGUUUUCAGUUUUGCAGCAACUCUAUUAUUACUUUUCCAGCAGUUUCUGUUUUUAUAAAAUCUGGGUUUAUCAGCAAAGCAGGCCUGACCACAGUGGUCUUGUUUAACUAG